AAUAAUCCCCACCCCCUCACGUGCAUGUUAUUCUAACUAAAAGGAAAAAAAGGUAAUUAGCUCAGCCUGGGUAGCUGGAUAGGUGGAAGGGGUGAAGUAUAAAAUGUUUUCAGGAAUUCAUCUCUUAAUGAGCCUGAAGAGGCUUAUUUUCCCCCAUUAAUUCAUUAAUUCAUGUACCUAUGCAUGAAGAUUAUUACUGGAGUGAGUCAGGUUUCAGCAUCAACUCUCUGUUUGUGUUACAUAUAUAAACAAUACAAUACUGAUAAUCCUUAUCCACGUGAAUAAGUGAUUAGGGUAAGAAGUUGUCGUUAGAGCAGCGUUGCUCAAGCUGAGCUCCUUCCAAAGCGCCAAACCGCGCUGUGAACACACUUCAGGAGCUCAGAACUGUCAGCUCCACCUUUUGGGGAGGAGGGAAGGAGCCUUCUUGGCCCAGAGCGGGAGGAGGUUAGGAUCAGAGGGAGGAAGCUUUACGCCUGCCUUGGACCUGUGACCUCUCCAGAGUGUACCACUGGGUGGAGAUGCGGACCAAGAUGCGCAUCAUGGGCUUCAACGCCGAAGCCGUCAAGCCGCUGAACGAGGAGGUGGCCACCCAGCUGGGCUCCGAGCUGCUGGGCGAGGCCACCAUCUUUGUGGUGGCCGGCGGCUGUCUGAUGCUGGAGUACUGGCGCCAAAAGGUGAAGCAGCGUCGCAAGGAGAGGGAGAAGCGCGUCGCCUGGGACUCGAUACAGGACGAGGUGAACCACCUGGAGCUAGCGCUGGAGGCGCUGCAGACACAAAUGCAGGCGGUGGCGCCGCUGAGCGCCCUGGUGGAGCUGCGGGAACAGAUAGAGGAAGUGCGCGCCCAGCUCUGCGACCCGGACGGGGACGCCUCGGACAGGGAUGCGCCCUCGGCGCCCCCGGCGUAGCCCACGCCCAAGGAAUAGGAGGCUGCAAGGCCCUGGUCUUGGACGUGACCAUUGUCCUGGUUGCGAUUCCUCCGACAUGGCCUUCGUUCCACACUGUCCCUUUCUGAACCGGUCUAAUACCACCUGGUACUUUUAGGGGCAGAAGGUAUUCUAGACUGGGGCUGAUCCAUCAGGCUUUUGGUCACUUCCUGCCACUGGGUGGGCCAGCAGGACACAUGGACCUAUCCAACUCUCAUUCUGUCUCUCACACCUCCACUUACCUGAGGAGUGGUCUUUUCCUGAGGGCCCUCAUCCAUUACACCAGAAUACCCUUUGCCCUUUUCUCAUUGUAAUGAAAAUGUAUUCGGCUGGUGCAAAAGCAAUUGCGGUUUGAAAGGUUAAAAAUAAUUGCAAAAACCGCCAUUACUUUUGCACCAACCAAGGUCCUUCCAAAGGACUUCCUUCUACCUCACCUUGUGGGAAUGCGUUUGCUCCAAUGAGUCACCUUGUGGCGCCUAUCUUUAGUCUACCAUUGGUACCUCUACUGGGGUCCUCCCAAGUGGAUCGUCCCAACAGAACUACACCCUUAGUCUGUGGCACAACCCACUGGAAAGGCUUCGCAGGGUCCCCACGUGCAAUUCCACCAAAUCUCCUACCUCCUCCUCGCCCCCCACCCUUCUGUGAUUUGUUUCAGGAGAACAUCACCCUUUGGGGUGGAAAAAUUGAUCCUGCCUAAGGCUGAACAAUUCUGUUUUGGUCAAAGUCCCUUUUUACCAGUCCUGAAGUUCUGGACCUACUGCUGUUGGUACCCACCAUCCUCCCUUGCUGACCUCUCAUAGGGACCCACCUGUUCCCCCACUACAUGGGUAACUGUAAUAUUCCCCCAUCUUCCAUCUAAACCUGCUUUUCAGAGUACUCAGGGAUUCCUUGUCCUUCUUGCCUUUGGACUGGGCCCCCCAACCUCCAUGCAAAGGCUUCCUCCAUGGGAACACUGGCCCCUCAGCCCUUAAGUUCUCCAUUCCCAUCCAAAAAGACUAUUGCACCAGGCAGUGUUGCCCACCCAACCUACUCCCUGCCAACCCACUGAACCACUGAAGGUGUGUGUGAGCUCUGUGACUUCUGAAUUCCAUUUUUCUGGACUGUAAAUGUUUUGUAAUUAAAGGAGCUCUGGGGUAAAGGAGUCAUCUUAAGAACGUGUCUGAGAACCAUGAUGUAUAUAUGUAAAAUGGGUACAGGUUUCAUUAAAAUUACGAGAGAAAGGCCAGUCCGAUGGCUCAGGUGGUUGGAGCGCCGUGCUCCUAAAGCUGAAGUUGCAGGUUCGAUUCCCACAUGGGCCAGUGAGCUGCGCCCUCUACAGCCAAGAUU